GGCCAAAUAAUUGGGCGGCCUCAAUUCACCUACAAGCCACCACCUCGCAUUUCCCAACACACACACGCACAGAAACCCCAACCUGCCACAGAAACGCAGACACCUCUCUCUCUCUCUCUUCCCUCUCUCGUUAACGCUCAUUCAUUCAUUCAGUGAGUCCUAUGCUUCCCAAAGCCACAUGAACUCCACUUCUUCCAACAACCCCCAAUCAAUGGGAGCAGCAUCAACGCCCUCAGACGGGUCAGGCAAGAAGGUCCGCAAGCCCUACACCAUCACCAAGUCCAGAGAAAGCUGGACCGACGAAGAGCACGACAAGUUCCUCGAAGCUCUUCAACUGUUUGACCGUGACUGGAAGAAAAUUGAAGAUUUUGUGGGUUCGAAAACAGUUAUUCAGAUUCGAAGUCAUGCUCAGAAAUACUUCUUGAAAGUUCAAAAGAGCGGGACAACAGCUCAUGUGCCUCCUCCGCGGCCAAAACGCAAGGCUGCUCAUCCUUACCCACAAAAGGCCUCCAAAAAUGUUUUAGUUCCGUUGCAAGCAUCCAUUGCGUAUCCUUCUUCGAUGAAUUCCAUUGCAUCUACCUAUUCUCCUUGGGAUGAAACUUCCAUUAUGAUAAAUCCUGCAUCAAACCAAAUUCUGUUGUCACAUGAAGAAUUUACUAGUUUUCAAGGAACUGAAGCUGAUAUUAGAUCAAAGGGGCUAGCAAGGAUUAAUGAAUGCAGUCUAAGUGGAAUCGAAAGCUCAAGUAGAACACUACCAAGUUCUGAGGUACCAGAGCAAGGGAAACAAGCUCCUUUGCUUCAUGGUAUUCCUGAUUUUUCUGAAGUUUAUAGCUUCAUAGGGAGUGUUUUUGAUCCAGACUCAAAAGGCCAUGCUCAGAAACUCAGGGAGAUGGAUCCCAUCAAUUUCGAAACUGUUUUGUUGUUGAUGAGAAAUCUCAGUAUAAACUUGUCUAGUCCAGACUUUGAGCCAAUUAGGGAAGUCCUAGUAUCAUAUGAUGUCAAUACAAAAACAGCAGUAGCUGCAGGAAUUGUUACCACAAAGCUGAAUAACGAUCUGUCAAGUUGAACUUCUUAAUACUUACAGUUGCUGACUGGUAUUGUUUUGGAGUGAAAAUAGCAGUUCUAGUUCUAGUACGGCAUGCCGAAUCUGAUCUCAGGGAUGUAGUUCUGCAGCCACAACCAGGACAGUGUUAGGAGGAUAUGCUGAAUAGAAGAAAAAUUUCAGUUGUUUUUCAAAGCUCUGGAAAGGUUAUAAAUUGUAAUAGUAGUCUGGUGGCCUGAAUGUAUGAUUAUCAUAUUCUGAUUUUGCUUAGGCUAGAAGUAUGUAUAUCUUGUAAGAUCUGUUUAGUUGUAGUUUUAUCUUCCUCUUUUUCAAAUGUGUAGUCUGUACCAUCAAACAAGUUUUAACUACGAGAAUCGGAAUCGUUAGCGACCCAGAAAAGAAAAAAGCUAUAUAGUUCCUUCC